AUGAUCGUCCCAAACCUCUCCAAGACGCUCAAGCCGUCACGGGAAGACAUCGCUCCAGACCCAACACCAGAGCCAACGGCCACAGGAACACCACGUCUCAUCCCCAUCAACGCCAGCGAGAUUCCUCGGAGAAGACGACGAGCAGACAAAAGCAGCGUCCUCUCCAGAGUAUUCGGUAGUCCAGAACGAAGCACGCCCUUCACAACAGUCUCGAACCAAGGUCUUGCAGGGAGACAAUCCUGCGCUUCGGGGCUGACCUACUACUCCUGCGCCAACGGCUUCACUGGUUGCUGCCAGGGAAAUCCCUGCACGCAGACGGCGCAGUGCUCGGUCGAAGAUCCCAUCACAAGUACAGGGUCAGGUACUAGCACCACUCAAUCGAGGACGUCUACUGCGCAGUCUAGCAGGACUGGGACGGCAACCGCGAAUAACUCUGGUACACGAACAGCGACUGGCACAGCGACCACACGUACAGGAACAGGAACAGGCACAGCAGCUAUCACCACCGCAAACGGCACACCUACCGGCACCGCUACAUCAACAGGCCUGACGACCACUCUCUCAACACCGAAUGCCACACCCGCCCCAAACUGCCCGGGUGCUCCAUCGAACUACACAGACGAUUCAGGCAUCGCCUAUCAAGUCAAGUGCAACAUCGACAACGGCGGACCCUUCAAUCAAACCAUCAAAGUCGACGCAGGCGGUUACGCACAAUGCUGUUCAGCCUGCUCCAGUUCCAGAGAAUGCGUCGGCUUCACUUUCUUCGGCGAGAAUGGAAACAGCACCGACGCAGGCAACUGCUACGUGAGAUCCUCCAUGCAGACUUCCGAGGACUUCAAUUCGAACUCGUACGUCGUGGCACUGUACAAAGUCGACCCGAGCGCCGUCGCAACAACAACACCCGUCCCCUCAUCUUCCGGCGCGGCAAACCCCAGCCAAAGCAGCGGCUCCAACAUCGGCGCCAUAGCAGGCGGCGUAGUCGGCGGCGUCGCAGCCCUCGGCCUCCUCCUAUUCCUCGCCUUCUUCCUCAUCCGUCGCCAGAGAAAAAAGGUGGACGCCCGCCACGCCGCAGAAAAGAAAGCCCCAACCCUCCCCACCACCAACCCCCGCUACCACGACGGCGUCAUCGGCGGCCACAGCACGCACCACCGCUCCGGCAGCACCGCCAACGACAUCUACGCCCCACAGGGAGGAGGAGGUUUUGAUCAUCACCAUUCCUCCUAUCCUUCCAACGGAGACUAUGCGUUGCAGCCGAUGGUGACUGGGGACAAGCGCGCUGACCAUUUCUCCGAACUGGAAGGCCAUAGCUCGACACCGCCGGGCCUGAGAGCGGAGGGAGGUCGGGGGAAGAGGAUUCCGGCGGGGACGUUGAGGCCGCCGCAGAUGUUGGACUCGAGGGCGGCUGGUGGGGUGGGUGGUGCGGGCGCGGCGAGCAGGUCGAGUGUUUUCUUGGAGCAUAUGUCUGAGAUGGAGGAUACGUCCCAAGGCAGACCAACAACCACGUCGGUUACAUCUCCUUACUCCUUCAAGGCUGGAGAAUCGCCUACCCUGGGCCAUCCAGCAGGCUCAACCACAUCUCUCGCAGACGAAACCCGCAGAAGACAGCACCUCCUAUACUGGAACAACUACGACUCCGGCCAGCUAAACGACCAAGAGGGAAGAGGUCAAAUGAGCGCCACAAUGGUGCCCAAAACACCCCCUUCUGCAGCAAGGACCGCCCCGCAAAUCAGUCCCGACAACAGCGGCGCGGCGCGAGAUAGCUCCUUCGUCGUGAGCCCUCUCAGGGGUAGGAAAUCCGACCAAGAUGGCGGCAAUACCUCCGAUCCCAGCAUAGGACCUCGUCGAGGGACAUCCUGA